AAAACGUGUCGAUGAUUUUUCAUCAGGCGGUCUACACGGACUACUACUGCGUAGUGCCGACUGCCCUGACAAGAUGCUACGGGAUUAGCAAAAUAGAUGCGUGUAUCCCCUCUGAAAACACUUUACUUUAACUCUUUCCACCACUGGGAUGCUGUUAUUGUUCCGUACGAGCGCUGAUAUUUAUUAUACUGUCUUGCGGAAGAAUGUUAAUGUCCGUUGCGGUUCGUAGAGCUAGAAAACUAACUAACCGCCGCCUGAGCUAGCUUCACCUCGACGACAUAAUAGCUUUCAGGUUUUUUUGGGAACACGGUGUGCUCGAUCGACCAAGCUCUCAUCCAGGACAGCACCGGUAGUUUUCAUUUGGUAUCUUUAGCUAACGUUAUCGUUCAUAAUUCGCGUGUAAAAUCUUCCCUGACUGUGGUGAUGGAGUGGCAUCGGCUUACUUGCUAGCAAGCGAGCUAACAAGCAGCCGUUAGUUAGAGCGCUCGUUGCUAAAAAUACACUUUCCGCCAGUCCACAUUGGAUUACUUGUGUUUGGCUUUUCUGGUCGCCUUGCUCGGAGUUUGGCACUCUACAUGGUCGCUACAGUGAAAACAAGACGACUGGAAGAGCGAGUCGGACCCCGCGGUUGUGAGCCGAGCUGGGCGGCUUCAGGUGUCCAAGUGAGCGGCGGAACUCGGCUUUGGCUGGUCGGUGGUCGACGGUUAUUUUGCCCCAAUGGCCUUGUCCUCCCAUCAGUAGUAAUAUAACAAGCCUCGGUCCAACCCAGGGUUACUAGACCGAAACUCUAUUUUUAAGGUCAAAGGAAAAAACGCUUUGUUUCCACUGUCAACUGUCUUGAGAUUGACGAGGCAGGCUUCAUCCCCACACCAUGUCGGAGGAUAACAACGCAGACAAAUUCAUCAAGGAGACAUCCAUUCUAGACGAGUACAACAUAAACUGGACUCAGAAGCUGGGAGCCGGCAUCAGUGGACCUGUCAGAGUUUGUGUGAAGAAGUCAACUCAGGAACGCCUGGCACUGAAGAUCCUCAUCGAUCGCCCCAAGGCUAGAAAUGAGGUGCGACUCCAUAUGAUGUGUGCCAACCACCCAAACAUAGUGCAAAUCCUGGAGGUUUACGCCAACAGUGUCCAGUUCCCGCAUGAGUCCAGCCCGAGAGCAAGGCUCCUGAUCGUCAUGGAGAUGAUGGAGGGUGGCGAGCUGUUCCACAGAAUCAGUCAGCACAGGCACUUUACUGAAAAGAUGGCCAGCCAGGUCACUAUGCAGAUCAGUCAAGCCUUGGAACAUUGUCACUCCCUAAAUAUUGCACAUCGUGACCUGAAGCCAGAGAACCUGCUCUUCAAGGAUAACUCUCUGGAUGCUCCUGUGAAGCUGUGUGACUUUGGCUUUGCCAAAAUUGAUCAAGGAGACUUGAUGACCCCUCAGUUCACUCCCUAUUACGUAGCACCUCAGGUACUUGAGGCUCAAAGAAGACACCAGAAGGAAAAGUCUGGAAUUAUACCUACCUCACCCACUCCUUAUACCUAUAACAAGAGCUGUGACUUGUGGUCUCUCGGUGUGAUCAUCUAUGUAAUGCUGUGCGGCUAUCCUCCGUUCUACUCAAAGCACCACAGUCGCACCAUCCCAAAGGACAUGAGAAAGAAGAUCAUGACGGGCAGUUUUGACUUUCCUGAAGAUGAGUGGAGUCAGAUCUCUGAGAUGGCGAAGGACAUCGUACGCAAGCUGCUGAAAGUGAAGCCAGAGGAGAGGCUGACUAUAGAGGGAGUCUUGGCUCACCCUUGGCUCAACUGCACCGAGGCCCUUGACAACGUCCUGCCCUCCGCACAGAUGAUGAUGGACAAGGCCGUAGUCGCAGGUAUCCAGCAGGCCCAUGCGGAGCAGUUGGCCAACAUGAGGAUUCAGGAUCUGAAUGUCAGCCUGAAGCCCCUAAACUCUGUCAACAACCCAAUCCUCAGGAAGCGGAAACUACUCGGCCCCAAGCCCAGUGACAGUUUCUUCAUUCACGACCCAGAGAACGGAGGGGAGGACUCCAACGUAGCGCUGGAAAAAUUACGAGAUGUCAUUGCACAGUGUAUAUUACCACAAGCAGGAGAGAACGAGGAUGAGAAGCUGAAUGUGGUGAUGUACGAAGCCUGGAGGUUCAACAGGGACUGUAAACUGCUGAGAGACGGCCUGCAGGGGCUCAGCUGGGACGGAAGAGCCUUCUCUGAUAAAGUUGACCGCUUGAAGUUGGCUGAAAUAGUGAAACAGGCCAUCGAAGAGAAGACGAAUCUCCAAGAAUCUCAUUAGCGAACGCCGUCUUUCUAUCUUCUUUUUAUAUUGUUUAUUAUGACCCUUUUUAACCCAUAUCUGUAAAGAAGCUUUUUUAUGUAAAAUGAUGCGCUAAAUUUUUUUUGUUUUUCAUGAAUUCACUUGCAAAGACCUAUUGUACAGCUGUAGAUAUAUUUCAAAGAGGACUCAUUGGUACUAUAAUUUUUUUUAAAUGGACACUUGCAAAGAACAUGGAAAAACCUAUAUUUUCAUUUUUGCAAAAAAAAAAAAAAGAGAAAAUAAGAAAAAGAUAAUAGAUGAGAAAAAUCAGUGAAAGAAAUUAUUUUCUGGGAGGGAAUUUUUAUUAGCUGCUUGUCCAUGAUGUCACAUGUUUUAUCCCAAUUAUUUCAUUUUAUUCUAUUUUCUGUUCUUUUAACCAUCCUAAGAAUUUUAUUUAUUUAAACAAAGAUUUCCAUUAUUUUAUACCUUUCCUGUAGCCUGGCAGUGGGCUCUAAAGUUGAGAGAAGCUGGUCUACUUUGCGACUCCACGCACUCUCUGAGUCUCAGACUGCAUUUAAAUGAUAUUAAUCUUUAUUUUUUGUGUCACUCGAGCUUGGCCUUUUUGUUUUACAGAGGUCAAGGAGGAGUGGAAAUAGAGGUAAAAGAAAGUGUUGUGAAACGGAAAAAUGCAGCCCAAAAUUCAUUUUGUCACAACUCUUCUUUCUUUGAAGCUGGCAAGAGACACACUAACUAGAUCUCAGCAGACCUUAAGCGUAAACACUAUGACUGGUUUUCUUUCUGGCUCAUGUACAGUAGAUCCACAGAUUUGACAAAAAAAAAAAACUUUUUUCAGAGCUUUCAACUGUCACACAAUGUUGCUCAGGCUUUGAGACGUGGUUGAAAGUUUAGAAAAAAAGCUAGUAAGUGGAGCUUGAGUUAAGAUUUCUUUGUCAAACUGCUGUUUCCAAAGUUAAAAGCAGCCUUCCAGUAACAGUCAAAAGUUUGAACACACCCUCCUUGUUCCCCUGAAUGAGGAAGUGUGUUCAAACUUCUUGACUGCUGCUGUAGGUUUCACAAACUCUCUGUUCAACUCGUACAUGUGAGGUAAAGAUACGGUUUGUCAGCUUCUGAAGUUUUUUGUCUGGCAAGUAAAAAUAGCUGAAUUACUUCAUAUAUAAUAUUUGCAAUUGCUUUUUACAUGUUUGCCUGUUUCUGAUGUGAUUCUUAAAAAGGUCUUAAGUCCAUUUUAAAAUUGUUCAUCUGUGAAAUGGACACAAUCUGAACUACUUUGAGUUAUAUAUCUGCUGGAGUUCAGUUAAUAUGUACAUUUGCUGCUUGAGCCAAAAGAAACACAAAACCAUCUGACAUUUUUAGUGCAAUUCAGUUGACUUCUUCAUGUCAGAAAGCAUCAGUAGGAUCCAUAGAUAUCCAUAAACAGGUCUGUUAGGAUUUCAGUCUCAUAAAACUUGCUGUGCUACCGAAUGUGCAAUAGGACAAUAAUUUAAUCAUGUGUUCAUAGUGCUUGCAUGUACAUGGAGGUAUGAUAGUUCGUAUCAAUAUGUCAGUAUUACUGUCAAAACACAGACCUUUCCUGCUUCAUUUCAAUACCAACAGAUGCGCCUGCUCCAUUCUCUCAUCCUGAAGUUGUUAUUAAUAUCAUAUCAUUGAUUAGCCAGAGUGAAAUGUCCACUGCACUGUUUUGCUCUAGCGCUUUAGUCAUAUCUGAUAUUAUUUCUUCAAAGGAGGGGUUGAAAGAAGGGAUUCAUACAGCGCGUAGAUGGCUGAGUGCAUCUUCUCUUGUUCAGUGCUUGAUCAUUUCUAAUUCAUGUACAUUGUUCAUUUUUUUUUUUUUUU